UAGGACUUAAGCAUUAAUGAAUCAUUGUUUUUUUUUUUAUAGUUAUAUUAAAUAUUUAAUUUUUGGGUUUAAUUAUAAAAUACAUUUUGAUGAAUUACAAAAUUACAUAUACAAGAUAAGAAUUAACCUUUUUGGAUUUACAAUUAUAUUAUUGGUAGAUAAAACAUAUUUAGAUCAAUUUUAAUCGAUUUAUAACUGUCGAAACCGAUUUAAAUCACAUAAAUCAGAUUUUAAGAAAAUCAUUUCGGUUAUUACCGGCUUAUACAUUGAGUAAAAGUGUUGUUAUUGUUUUCUUGGUACUUAAACCGGAGCUUCUUGGAGUGAAUGUAAAUUCAUUUUCGGUUUAUUUCAAUUUGACCGGUUUACUCGAAAGGUUUAGAGAGUCCGUCAAAUGGACCACGACCGCCGUUAUCUUGUCCGUUAGGUGUAUAUAUACACAGACGUUAACCACAAUCGUUCGUCCUUUCGAAUCUGAAACUUUCCCUCUUCUCUGGAGCUAGAGAGCUUCGCUCUGCUAUAGAGACAGAGGAGCACGACUUAGCUACUCGUAAGGUAUGCGAUUCUCGUUUCCCGUUCUAGUUACGAGCUUUAGAUCUUUCUCAUUCUGUGAUUCAAUCGAUUGUUUUCUCCGUCGACGAUUCUUCUUCUUCUACCUUGAUUUUGAUUCUACGAUCCGAUGGUUGUUAUUCUUCUUCCUCGUAUCGUUCUCGCGUUCAAUUUCUUAAAGCUAUGAUGAAUUUCGGUAAAACUUUCCCGGAAAGUUUGCGAAAUCUCGUGAAUCUUCAUCGCAAAAUCUGGCGGGAAAAUGUCGUUUCUUAAUUGAAUCGAUGCUUAUUCACAGAAAGUUUUGAUCUUCUGCUUCUUGACUUGUUUGCUGAGUUGAAUGGAUUGUGUUUUACAUUCUUCAGAUUGUUAAAUUUUUCUCGGAAAAGCUUUUAGCGGCAGAGGAGAAACAUCGAACAAGUAAGGAUUUUUCUUUCUGGUGAUUUUGUUGCUAAAUUGCAAAUCUUUUGGUGAUUUUGUUUUCUCCAAAACUAGAGACAUGAUGGAGAAAGAUGAGUCAUUUGUGUACAACGAGCAGAGUCCCCAAAGCAACCAGACGUGGCCGAUGGAUAUGAUCCGGCAGAGACGUUUUCAACACAAAAUGUCAUCUCUUUUGAGUCCCGUGACUCCUAAGAGGGGGAACUAUAGCGUUAGCAGUGCCAAGUCUCUCCUCAAGAAGUACUCAAAGUCUGAUCCAGUCCCUGGUAAGCAGCGCUUUCCGGUUUCAUGCUCGGAUGAGGGAGUCUUGAUGGACGGUGUUCUGGUCACAUCAGCCUCCGAAAAGAAAGUUUCAGAUUCGCCUUCUAGAUUGAGCUCUCUUGGACGGUCUCCACGUUCUUCACUCGUCCGGAGUCAACAUAAGAAUAGCAGCCCUAGGAGCCUAUCAGGAGGAAACGAGGAGGAUACCACUCGGUCUCAGACUUCUUCAGGUGGGAAAGUGAAGAUCUUGGCAAAUAGUCCUUGUACUAAACUAGAGACACCAAAGGCUACUAGUUCUUCAAAUCUGAAUCCCACUGCCGAACCAUUCACCUUCACACCGAGACCUUCACAAGGACUAGCUUCUCCCUUCCCAGUCCGGCAACUUCCAUUUGACCAUGGUCCACUCAUUCAAUGGGUUAAUCCGCCUCCGCACCAGCAGCUGCGUCCGAGCAAUAGUCAUUUAUACCAGCCUCCGAGCUACGCUUAUCCGAGAUCACUACAAGUUCAUGACCUCUAUCCCACACAUCACCCAUUCAGGUCUCCUAGACCCAUUGGCUACCAAAUGGGUUAUGACCCCAGAAUCAUCUCACUACUUCCCACAAAACCUCUCGCUACAAACACCAGCAAGCCACCUGUUCACACUCCCAUAUCUACUACCUCUUCAGCCAAUCUCAGCACCGGUAAUACCACCCAUGACUCAAGACUAGACUCUUCACUUUCUGUUGAUGGAGGACUCGAAACAGUGACACAAAAACAAGACUUGUCGUCACCUUCUGGUGAGCUUGAAACAAUGACACAGAAACAAGGCUUGUUGUCACCUUCGGAUGAGCUUGUCGCGAUGGCUGCUGCUGAGCUCAAAACAUCAACGCACAAACCAGACUAUUCACCUUCUGCUGGACUUGGACUUGGACUUGGACUUGAAACUGUGACGACAGAGAAAGACUGGUCACCUUCUGAUGAUGGACUCCCAAGAUUCACACAAGCUCAAACUGAUUUUAUGAGAUCACAGGACAGAGUUCUCCCGGAUGACGCUUUCCAGCAUUACAUAUAUAGAAAGAGACUGCCAGUAUUCACUCAGCUUUGCUCGGAUGACGCAGAAGGGUGUGAUGACACCACCCAUUAGGUCCAUACUGAACUCGACCACUUCUUUGCCUGUGAACAUGGUUUUCACUUCCUCAACCUAAACUGCAGGUAACAUUCUGUUCAUAUGAACUCUUUUCCCAUCCAUUAAACAUUUUCAAAAUUUCAUCAAAGAACUAAAGAUCAUUUUGAUACAAAUUCAAAGAAAGAUAGAGAAAAAAAGUCAACGGAAUAAAAUACAGAUAUAUACACUCUUUCUAAUCAAAUGCCAUCUUCUACU